AUGACAACUCUAGCUGGAGCUGUCCCAAGAAUGAUGCGACCAGCUCCCGGGCAGAACUACCCUCGCAGCGGAUUUCCAUUGGAAGUGUCUACUCCUUUAGGCCAGGGCAGAGUCAAUCAGCUCGGUGGAGUUUUUAUCAAUGGCAGGCCUUUACCCAACCACAUCCGACACAAGAUAGUGGAGAUGGCCCAUCACGGGAUCAGGCCCUGUGUCAUCUCUCGCCAGCUGCGCGUGUCCCACGGCUGCGUCUCCAAAAUCCUCUGCAGGUACCAGGAGACUGGCUCCAUCCGGCCGGGGGCCAUCGGGGGCAGCAAGCCCAAGCAGGUGACGACGCCGGACGUUGAGAAGAAAAUCGAGGAGUACAAGAGGGAGAAUGCCGGGAUGUUCAGCUGGGAGAUCCGGGACAAACUGCUGAAAGACGGGGUCUGCGAUCGAAACACGGUUCCCUCAGUGAGCUCCAUCAGCCGCAUUCUGAGAAGUAAAUUUGGGAAAGGAGAAGAGGAGGAGGCCGAACUGGAAAGGAAAGAAGCGGAGGAGAGCGACAAGAAGACCAAGCAUAGCAUCGAUGGGAUCCUCAGCGAACGAGCCCCACUCACACCCCAAUCUGAUGAAGGCUCUGAUAUAGAUUCUGAACCAGAUUUACCUUUAAAAAGAAAGCAGCGUCGUAGUCGAACAACCUUUACUGCAGAACAACUAGAAGAACUGGAAAGAGCUUUUGAGAGGACCCACUACCCUGAUAUUUACACUCGGGAAGAACUUGCACAGAGAGCCAAACUUACUGAGGCUCGGGUUCAGGUCUGGUUUAGUAACCGUCGUGCUAGAUGGAGGAAACAGGCGGGGGCCAAUCAACUGAUGGCUUUCAACCACUUGAUCCCAGGAGGAUUCCCACCCACUGCCAUGCCAACCUUGCCAACAUACCAGCUGUCUGAGCCCUCCUAUCAACCCACCUCCAUACCACAAGCUGUGUCUGAUCCAAGCAGUACAGUCCACAGACCUCAGCCGCUUCCUCCAAGCACUGUACACCAAAGCAGCCUCCCUUCAAAUCCAGAGAGCAACUCUGCGUAUUGCCUACCCAGCACCAGGCAUGGAUUUUCCAGCUAUACAGACAGCUUUGUGCCUCCAUCCGGGCCCUCAAAUCCCAUGAACCCUGCCAUUGGCAAUGGCCUUUCACCUCAGGUAAUGGGCCUCCUGACUAACCAUGGUGGUGUACCUCACCAGCCUCAAACUGAUUAUGCCCUCUCACCCUUAACUGGGGGCCUAGAACCAACCACUACUGUAUCAGCCAGCUGCAGUCAGAGAUUAGAUCAUAUGAAAAGUUUAGAUAGCCUGCCUACAUCACAGUCCUACUGCCCACCAACUUACAGCACCACCGGUUACAGUAUGGACCCUGUCACAGGAUACCAGUAUGGACAAUAUGGACAAAGUGCCUUUCAUUAUCUGAAGCCAGAUAUUGCAUAAAUGAACUGUCCACUUCAAGUUAAAGCUUGUCUUGUUUCUGGUCUCACUCCAGUGCUUGGAUGGGAGGGAUCUUCUCACCAAAAUGCAACCCAAGCUGGGGCAAUCACAACAGAGAUACAGGAUCAUUCUGUUCUUUUCUCCCGUCAUUGCUUUCGAUAGACAUUUGGACAUGUUGGACGUAACAGUUCAGAAGACAAAGACCAAGAGCAAUAAAAAAAUAAACAAAUAAACAAAUACAACACAGUUCAGCGUGGGCAGGUAUAAAAAAUGCUGAAGAAUUUAAAAUCACUGACUGACAAAGCAUUCCAUUUUUACAUUGCUGAAAAAGCAUGCAUUGAUUUGGACAAACAAAAUAUUCUAAAACUUAACAGUUGAGCUCUGCAAACUCAGACUCUUGACAUCCGAUGCUGACUUUAUUCUAACGUUAAAACUGCUCAGUUUCUGAAGCAUGAGCAGGAGAACAUUUUGCUUUUACACACUGGAAAUUGACAUCAAGAAGAAAUGUCAUGGUCUGUAGGAAGCUAGGAUAGAUGUAAAAGACUUCCAGAACAAGUUAAUGGUUAUCUUAUCAUUCUUUUGUAAUCAUAUUGUCAAGAAAUGUCACAUACAAGUUUUGCUUUACAAUGAACAAGAUAUUGUGUAACAUGAAGAAAUUUUUUUGCAAUUUGUGCGUGUGAAGUUUUCCUAAUCCAUGUUACGUUCUGAAACAAACAAGGAAAAGGAAACAACAACAACAACAACAAAACAAAGUGACUUUGAUUUCCACAACUGUCUAACAAUGUGCAAUACUGUGUACCUCACACAAGCUUUGGGAUUGUCCAAAGUGAUAUAGAUAGAACUAUAUUUUUGCAGGUACUUUUAUUUUUGCAGUACAUAUUUCAUUAUGAUAAAAUGCAGAAGUGGUGCAGUCCGCAGUACAACAGAAUCUGGCUCACGAGUCAUGACCAUUUUCAGGAAACAAUACAUUUGAAAUGAUUACGUUUACAUUCUCUUUUAGUGAUGUACAGGACAUGAACAGAGAUGUCCCUGUAUCUGACAUGUACUUUUAAAUUAUACAGUGAUAGCUAAUAUAGAAAAAAAAAUAAUAGAAACCGAGGUUUACAUAAGUUUGUGUUGUGACAUUUUAGAAUGUCAAUAAAUUUGUGUUUUGAAAUGUUAAGAGGAACAGGAAGAUGGAAGGCAGUGUUAUUUAUUUCUCUUUAUUCUUGGAACAAUGAAUGAGGUAGGACACAUACAUUCCUUUUAGCAUUAAGGACUAUGAAGUAGUGAGAUAGUGAGACUAGGUGUAGUACAGAGAUUAGUUCACACAUUGAUCUUAAAAGGUGAUGGAACAAAAGAAAUAUUAUCUUUGUGUUGCAGCCUCUACCAACAACACAUGUGUUGUAAAAAAAUGUCUUUCAUGUAAAAAGUGCAGUAAAUAUUUACUAUUUAUAAUGAA